CUGUCGCCCCAUCAGGCUGUUUGUUUCAAUCGGAACUCUUCCAGGUUCUGUGUCUUUAAAGCCCGGAUCUCUUCUGCUGUGGUUCGGUUGCCGGUGGCCAGAUCAGUGCUGGGAACCAGGACCCGGAGCCUCCGCUCUGUGUGUGCGGCUGAUCCGUGUAACGGGUGACCUAUGUGGGGGAGGCUUUUGUUUUCAACCCGUCUACAGGAUCACUUUCACCGGAGGAUGUCAGGAAGAGCCGCGGCUGUGCUGCUGCACGGAUAGCGGAGACACGCCUCACAGGAGCCCGAUAUUGACAUGAAGAAAGACAUCGAGACUCUGAUAGCUGAGGAACGAGCUGACAUCAUCCUAAAAUAUGCUACAGGCAGGCAGGGCAGCGUGGAGAUCGAUCCGUGGGAAGAUGCUGAUUACAGCAUCUAUAAAGCCAUCGACCGCUUCGGCUUCAUGCAUGAGAAUGAGUUGCCGGCCCCCACUGUGCAAGAGGAGAAGUGGAAACAGCUGGAGAUUGAGAGAGCAGAGAAAUGGCUGAAGAUGGUGAAUAAAUGGGACAAAUAUAAGAACAGUGACAAGAUGGUCAAACGGGUGUAUAAAGGCAUCCCCCUGCAGCUCAGAGGCCGGGCCUGGACGCUGAUGCUGGACGUGGAGCGAACCAAACGGGAAAAUGAGGGAAAAUAUGAGAAAAUGAAGGAACAGGCCCGGCUGUGCUCCUCAGAGAUCAAACAGAUCGACCUGGACAUCAACAGGACCUUUAGAAACCACAUCAUGUUCAUGGACCGCUUCGGGGUCAAGCAGCAGUCUCUCUUCCAUGUCCUCUCUGCAUAUUCAGUUUACAACACGGAGGUGAGCUACUGCCAGGGCAUGAGUCAGAUCGCCGCCCUGCUGCUGAUGUACAUGAACGAGGAAGACGCCUUCUGGGCCCUGUCGCAGCUGCUGACUGACGAAAGGCACGGCAUGCACGGGUUUUUUGUUCCUGGGUUCCCCAAACUUCACAGAUUCCAGGCUCACCACGAUCAGAUCCUUUCCAAACUCCUCCCCAAGCUGAAGAAACACAUGGACAGGGAGCAGAUGUCGGCGGGGAUCUAUUGCACCAAAUGGUUCAUGCAGUGUUUCAUCGACAGGACGCCGUUCACACUGACCCUACGGCUCUGGGACAUUUUCAUCCUGGAGGGAGAGAGACUCCUCACUGCCAUGUCCUACACCAUCCUGAAGAUACACAAGAAGCGUCUGCUCAGGAUGUCUCUGGAGGAGCUGAGGGAGUUCCUCCAGGAGCGGAUCGCUCAGACCUUCUUCCUCAGUGACGAUCUGAUCAUCCAGCAGCUGCAGGCCUCCAUGAUGGAGCUGAGGAGGAUGAGGCUGGACCUUCCUCCUCCAGGGAAGCCUGAGGAGCUGCCCAGGGAGCCUCUGGGCCAGGAGCUGCCAGUUCUGCUGGGCCCGGUCCAGCCGUCCUCAGCCAGAGCUGGCCUGAGUCUCCACAUCAUCUCCUCUCAGCCUGACUCCAUAUCUCCAGACCAGAGCCCCUCCAAGGACCCCAGGGACCUGGAAGCUUUGGAGCAGCUGGGGGCCCCGCUGCCCUCUCCUGAUCCCAUCAUCAUCCACAGCCAGGGGCCCCUCACUCCUGAUGACUCCCCGCUGAUGGGGCCACCGCCUUACCAGCCCCCAGGGAGCCCAGACCCCCCACCACUGCCAGGAGACCCCAGAUGGGAUCCAGCUUCCAACCUGUCCGGUGCUGCCGCUUUGGUUCUGGCUCAGUCUGAGAGCCUGUCUGCAUCAGAGGGUACCGACCCACUGGACCAGGACUGGACUCUGUCCUCCACCAGGAGCAGCGACCAGAGCGGAGCCAAGCCGCCGCCCAGCGGCUCCUGAGCUGCAGGUUCUGGAUCAGAGACCAGACUUGGUUUGAAUGUUUGAAGCCUCUCAGUUUGGGUCAGUUUCUGGGUUCAGCAAUAAGAACUUCAACUGUCAGAAGGUUCUGGAGGUUUUAGACUGAAGCAACUUUUCAUGGAAGCUCUUUGGCCUUUUUCCCGCCCGCAGCAGGUUGGUUUGAAGCUCUGAACAGAGCAGCAGCGUCCAGAUUUAUCAAGUGUUUCUGCUUGCUGAGUGAUCUUAGAUGUGUCCGAUUAAGCUGAGCAGGAUCUCCUCUUUCCAGAGAAACGGUCGUUUUAAACCCGAACCUCCAAACAUGUUUGUGUUUGAACGUUCAUGAAUGUUUCUUUUUUUUUUUAGCCUCAUGGACCUUCUUUAACCAUGCGUGAAGCACAGUGGUGGCAGCAUCAUGCUGAGGGGCUGUUUUGCUGCUGAUACAGGCCCUUCCCUAAAAGGGAUGCAUUAGUGAGGAAGACCUUCCUCCUUAAUCUUCAUCUUGACCUCAGAACAACAGCAGCUGAAUGAAACUGGACCAUAACUGGGUUUUCCACCCUGACAUGGAUCCAAAGCAGUUCUGGAUAACCUGGAAGGUUGUUCCAGAAGCUCCAAAUCAGCGUUUGAUUGAUUGAAUUGAAUAUCCAGAAUAGGGCCAGAACCUUCAUGGGUUCUACAGAAAAGCGGGCGUUCCUUUUCUGGAAUAGAGAAUCCUGCUCUGCGUUUUUGGUUUUUCCUGAUAGCAGUGGGUUUUCCUGUGGAAGGAAAACCCACCCUGUAGAAACUAAAGUUUCAGGUUCUGGAUGAAGGACUUUCCCUCUUCAGUCAGAGAUGCUUGAUGAGUCUGGACCCAGGCUGCCAGCAGACCAGGCUCCACCUGCAGCUCUGCUGGUCCUGCAUGUUCAUGUUCUGCUGCUUCAGCCAGAACACCGGGCUCCUGUUAGGACUUCUCCCUGGAAUGAAACACAUCACCCUUUAAAACACGUCUCUGGAUCUCAAACGUAGAUGUGAACCUGCUCAGUCUGCCUUUAUAAACUGUUUACUGCCCCAGUUCCAGUUUGGGUUUUUUGUGUAUAUUAACAUCUGGAUGCCUUAUUUGGAUCGGCUUCAGUUCUUCUGUGGCGCCAGUUCUGUUGGACUGAAGCUGUGUCACAGUGAGCUGGCUCACUCCUGAUUGUACGCAUGGAGCUAACACUAAGAAAGGGACUUUUAGCUCAGUUAUUUAUGGAUCAAAGCAAAUUUGCUCUUUAUUUCCUCUUUAUUUUGUUUUAUUUGUUGCAUAAUGUUGAAAAGAUUUUGAGAUGAUAAGUUAUUUUUUCUUAGAAUCUGACAGUAGAUAAACAUAAGUGGGUUAAAGUUGUUAACUCCCUGUCAUUAGAAAGAAGGAAACAGUGACAUCUAGUGGUUACUUUAGGUAAAGAACGUCUCUAGUUGUAGAUUAGCUACAGUAAGUAGAAAUGUUCUAGAGGGGUUUUUAACUUACAAAAUAAUAAUAAUAGGGUUUUAACUUUGAUGCCAUCAGUUUCUAUGAUAUGAAUAUGUUUAUAUUUUACUAUUUAAGUGCUAAGACGUCAGUAGAACAUGUUCUUGGUCUUUAGUGUUGAACAGAAGCAGGAACAGUUGAUGGAUUUGAUUCUGCAACAAUACAGCUUGUAUCUGCUUUGUGUUUUUCUUUUAUGGUCAACCAUUUAUUGCCGUUCACAGUAAAGGCAGCAUGACUCUCGAUCUUGGUGCAAUUCAAAAAAGUCCAAUCAUCUGUUUCCUUCAAUUUUGGCACAGUUAAUAGAAACAGACUGGUUUGGCUGGAGUUCUUAGAUCCGUUAUCUGGGACAGUUGACUUCAAACCUCAAAAGAAAAGAUCCUAAAAUCAAUCUGGAAACUGAUUGAAAGGCUUUAGAUGGAGGAGCUACCGAAAGCAUCUAUUUAAUCAUUUUCUACCCGUCCUAAAGUGGGUCACAGAGAUGGAAACCCAAACAUCCCUCUUUGAUGGAUAGAAACUCAAUGUUGUUCAUUUAUAAGAUUUCCUGAAGCAACUUACCUUUCGCCAAAAACGAGCAAUGCUUCGUGUGACAGAAUAGAAAAUCCUUUUAUUUUCCCACAAUAGGUAAAUUCUUGUGUUAAAAGCAGCAAAAUCAUUACAGCAAAAGUCACAUAAUUUUGGACCUUAAAAAGUGCAUAGAAAUAACAGAAUAUGUGGCAGAGUACUAUAAGUACUAUACCGUACAGUAUUUUUACAAUAUAAAUACUGUGGAGAAUAAAUAAUCAAUAUACAGCUGUGGACAUUUUUACUGUAAUGGAUAUGUGGAAAAAAUAGCAGAAACACCAGGGAUGAGCAAAAAUUAAC